GCGCGCGUCCCCUUCCUCUGUGUAAUGGGAACGGAGAGGAAUUGCACUCACAUGGAGAUGGAGGAGGGAAGCAUCCCUCUUCGUAUUCUUUUUGCCUAAUUCACAGGCUCAGCCUCUGCCGUGUAAGGAAAACUCCUCCCCCUCCUCCCUUUUGUUUCCCUCAUUCCCGUUGUGGUAACGAGAAGCCUGCACAUCCUGCUUUCCUGUAUCCUGCACCCUUUUUGUGUCACAAUGGGGGUGAGGGGUCCUUCAUAUCCUUCUCCUGAGCCUUUCCUUCAGUUUGGGAUAACAGGAAUGAUUUUCUCUUGCUUUUUUUUUCUCUCUUCUGCUUCAGUGUAAUGAGGAAGGGCCUUCUCUGCAUUUCUUCCCUCCCUAAUGUGAAUUAAUGAGGUGGAUUUUCAUUUGCUAGGUUCCCAGAGCAGUGAGGUGUUUUACUCCUAAUUCUCCCUCUGUCUCUUCUGCAAUUAUCCUUAUCUGACUACCCUAGAAGUAAUUGCAGUAAUAGGGAUUCGUGUCCCCUCACAAUCCCAGGGAAACACCAGAGGAAUGGAGAAGCUUCCCCCCAAUCCUUCUCUUUGCUGCUUUAAACAGUGAAAAUUCUUUCCCUGAUUCAUGUAUGUGAGCAAUAAUGGGCUUUCCCUUCACCCAGCUGAUCAUUCCUUCCUAACAGGGAAAUAAGGAUUCUGUACCUAAUAACCUCCUAAUGUAAUAACAGCUCCUCCAGCUAGCCUCUUGCCCGAAUAUAAAUAUAUCUAUUUAAUGUUUUUUCAAUAAUUCCCUUUUGCACAAGGCCUCCUACCAUCAGAUGAAGACAGGAAUCAGGCAAUGCUGUGUGCUGUCAUUUCCCACUCACAAAGGGGUGGCUGGCUUGAACAUUUUCAAUUCCUUUUCUAUCUCCAGCAGGUGGGAGAUGUCUAGCCUGCCAAAGAACUUAGGACUUAUUUUUUAGUCUUUGGUGAAUUUUUGUUCACUGUUUUUCAUAAAAAGUGUUUCUACUUUAUAUUCACAUGAGUGCUAUAUUAAGAGGUAGACAUUUCACUCUAAUGUGAUGUUUUCUUGGCCCAGAAUUGCCUUUAAAGCUGUAUUACCAUUUGCUUGUUCCCUCUUCCUUUGUUAUGUUUAGGAAACUGAUACUUAGUUGUGGGGGAAUGGAAACCUUCCUUAUUCCCUGUACUCUGCGGAACUGCAAAUGGUCCCAUACUGCCUCUUCCCUCCUCACCACUGUGAGCAAAGCCAUAGAAAUCGCAAUAACAAAUUGGUCAUGCUGUAAAUGGAGCAGCUAUUUCACUCUUUGAGUGGGGUUUAUUUAAGGUGCUGUUCGGUGCUAAUUUUUCCAGAUGGUCUCAACAAUGAGUACUAUUAUGGUACUCUACUCUAACCUACCAUGAUACCCAUGGUGAGGGAUGCAAUCUUUAUUGGACAAAAUGGUGAUUAUUAACUGGCUGCACCAGCGCUCCUUGUAUUUAUCUGCAUUGUUUUUGCCUUAUCAUCUGUAUUGCAUAUAUGUUUUCUUUCUCAUGUGGAGAUAAUCAUGGUUGUAUCUCUGUUUGUUCUUUUAUUUGGGCAUCUUGAUGGCCUCGAGAUUUUCUACCUUUUCAGAACAUGUUUCUCUGUGCAAAGACUGGUGACAUGGAGGAAGGUGAACUGUUGUGUGGUGGUGAUUUAUGGGGCCUUCUUUAGAAGCUCAGUUCUGAUUUUGUGGUGAUGGUUAAUUUAGCUCUUUUUCUUCAAAACUGAAUCUUUUUGUUUUGUAAGCAGAAAAGAACUUUCCUGAAGGCAGUGUUGUCAUGCGGACGUGGCAGAUGCUGAUGACGUGAAGAUAGAUGAGCCUGAGUACUUGUGGCCCUGCACAGACAACUGAAAUAAAAUUAAUCUCCCCUCUCCCCACGUUAUAUACAAAAACAAGUUGAAAGAAGAAAAGGAGACCUGCUUAUUCAGUGAAGAUGCACUCUACUUAGUCUUCAGCUAUUAAGCUGAAUGCAUUGUGAUUUCCAAUAAUUGAGACAGUGAUUCUGAAAGCUGUCUACAUUAAUGAAAAGAACAAUGUAGUCAGCUUAACUGAAUCAUCAGUGUUGCAUAUUGAAUAGAACAUGAUAAACCUAUCUUGAUGGACUUCUGCAUGUUAGGAUAUAGCUUAUAUAAGUUUACUUAAAGCCUUGUUUUUUUAAAACAGUAGUUUUACAGUUUAAAUAUGGAGAAAAUUGAAAAUGUACCUCCCCUUCCCAAAGAACCUGCAAGAGAAAUGAAUGUGGAGAACCAUACUUGUCCCCCACCUCUGCCGCCUAAUGAACAGCCUCCACCACCUCCCCUGCAAACGUCCAGUGAUGCAGAGGUAAUGGACGUUGGCUCUGGUGGUGAUGGACAGUCAGAUACACCUGCUAGGGACACACACGCCGUCUGCAGAACACAGCUUCUAACAAAGGGAUCUGCUUGCUACAAAACUCGUCUUAUAAUAGAUCCUAAUAAUAGUGACCAAAGUCCAAGAACUGCUCGUCAUGCACCUUCAGUUCGAAAGUUCAUCCCUGAUCUUAAGUUACUUAAAGAUGUAAAAAUUAGUGUUAGCUUUACAGAAAGCUGCAAAAGCAAAGACAGAAAAGUUUUGUACACUGGAGCUGAGCAAGUUUAUAAGCCAGAUACAGAUUUUAGUAUUAAUAAUGUCAAUGGUGAUUUGUAUGUUUGUCCUUUUGGUGGUAGUAAUGGUAAAGCUGUAGGUGUAGGGGGUGAAAAUGAUGACAAGAAGGAUGAUGACAAUGAUAUUGAUCAGGAAAAGAGAGUGGAAUAUGCUGUUCUGGAUGAGUUAGAAGAUUUUACUGACAAUUUGAUGGAAAUUGAUGAAGAAGGAGGAGGGUUCACGUCUAAAGCAAUCGUUCAAAGAGAUAAAGUGGACGAAGAAACCUUGAAUUACUCUUAUGAGGAUGAUUUUGAUAAUGAUGUGGAUGCUCUGCUGGAAGAGGGCCUUCGAGCUCCCAAAAAGAGAAGAAUAGAUGAGAAAUAUGGAGGAGAGAGUGACCAUCCAUCUGAUGGAGAGACAAGUGUGCAGCCAAUGAUGACCAAAAUAAAAACUGUACUUAAAAGUCGUGGCCGUCCUCCUACGGAACCAUUGCCUGAUGGAUGCAUUCCUGUAUAUCUGCACAGAGAAUCCAGAGUUGUUACCUGGUCCAGACCUUAUUUCUUGGGAACUGGAAGCAUAAGGAAACAUGAUCCUCCUUUGAGUAGCAUUCCCUGUCUGCAUUACAAGAAAAUGAAGGACAAUGAGGAAAGGGAACAAAACAAUGACAUCACCCCAAAUGGGGAAGUAUCACCAAUAAAACACAUAGACAAGUCUUUGGAUCUGGAAUGCCAAACAGAGGAACCAGACUCUACUGCUGCUGAUUCUGGACCUUUAGAAGAGAGAGAACCUUCAGGGUGUGAUGCAGCACCAGGAGCCUUAGGACAAGUUAAGGCCAAAGUUGAAGUAUGUAAAGAUGAAUCUGUAGAUCUUGAGGAUUUUAGGCACUAUCUUGAAAAGCGUUUUGAUUUUGAACAAGUUACUGUAAAAAAAUUCAGAACCUGGGCUGAGAGACGACAGUUCAACCGUGAAAUGAAGCGGAAGCAGGCAGAGUCUGAGCGGCCUAUUCUGCCAGCCAAUCAGAAACUCAUUACCUUGUCUGUGCAAGAUGCACCUACAAAGAAAGAGUUUGUUAUUAAUCCCAAUGGGAAGUCUGAAGUUUGCAUACUGCAUGAAUAUAUGCAACGAGUCCUAAAGGUCCGCCCUGUUUACAAUUUUUUUGAAUGUGAGAACCCAAGUGAGCCUUUUGGAGCCUCAGUGAUUAUUGAUGGAGUGACUUACGGGGCAGGAACUGCAAGCAGUAAAAAACUCGCCAAGAAUAAAGCUGCUCGAGCUACACUGGAAAUCCUCAUUCCUGACUUUGUUAAACAGACCUCUGAGGAAAAGCCCAAAGACAGUGAAGAACUUGAGUAUUUUAACCAUAUCAGUAUUGAGGACUCACGGGUAUAUGAACUGACCAGUAAAGCUGGAUUGUUGUCUCCUUAUCAGAUUCUCCAUGAGUGCCUUAAAAGAAACCAUGGAAUGGGUGACACAUCUAUCAAGUUUGAAGUGAUUCCUGGUAAAAAUCAGAAGAGUGAAUAUGUCAUGACUUGUGGCAAGCACACAGUGCGAGGCUGGUGUAAAAACAAGAGAGUUGGGAAACAGCUAGCUUCUCAGAAGAUCCUACAGCUUCUGCACCCACAUGUGAAAAACUGGGGCUCUUUAUUGCGUAUGUAUGGUAGAGAGAAUAGCAAGAUGGUCAAACAGGAAACCUCUGAUAAAAGUGUGAUAGAACUUCAGCAGUAUGCCAAAAAGAACAAGCCAAAUCUGCACAUCCUGAACAAGUUACAGGAAGAAAUGAAAAAGCUGGCCCAAGAAAGGGAGGAAACUCGAAAGAAACCGAAGAUGACCAUAGUAGAAUCAGCUCAGCCUGGUAGUGAACCUCUGUGUACCGUUGAUGUGUGACCAGAAAACUUAAUGAGUGGGGAGCAAUAACAAAUGGAAAAAAUACAUUUUCAACAAAUAUUUAAGAAUCUGUUUGCUGCAGAAUGCAAGAUAACUUUAGAAUCCCAGCUGCUUCAGUUAUGCAUUGUUCUUUUGCAUCGUCAGGGCAAUAUUACUUUUUUUUACCUCCUGAAAUAUGUAUGUUUAAAAGAUCAUAAAGAUCUCUACUUGGGCAAAUGCACAGAAGAUAGGCAUGUUCACACAGGAUAAAUCUAAGCAAGCACUUUUUCCUUGAAAGUCAUCCAUGUUGUCUUGAAUGGAUGUGUUUAAGGAACAAAUUCAGAAAAUCUAUGUACAGGUUGAAGCUCAUAUAUUAUAUAUAAUUUUUUAUAUAUACACACUCUUGUAUGAACAUGCCUAAAAUUAUUUUUGUGAAAAGUUUUGUUGCAUUUCAGCACAUAAUAAUAUGCACUGAUAAGACACUUUGACAAAUACAUGAAAAAGUGAUGAGCAAUUUUCCUGAUGCCAUAGGAUUAGGCCAGUAAUGCUGUUUUUAUUUUUUGUACUGCCAGGCUAAGUUGGUUUUAUUUUUUUUUAUUUUUUAACUUGAAAAGAACAAGUAUACCUGGUAGUGUUAAGAACAACAAGUUGGAUAUCCCAAAUUGUUGGGCUUUAUUUUAAAGGAAAAGUUGUGAUUGUUUACAAACUAAUUGGAAGGGAGAAUAUUUGGCCCACUAUUUCAGUGUUUCCCAACCAGUAUGGUGUGAGGCCUGAAGUGCAUGGAAUUUUCUGGUGUGCUGCAGAAUUUUUUGAAAAAUUAUAUGCGAGAACAAGGAAUGGAAAGCUACUUUCUGAUUGGCAGCCUGCCUCACUCCUGGAGAGAAGCAACCAGUCAGAGUUCAGUCGUCUCCUUCCCUCCCCUUUCCUUUCUGUCCUGCACCUGCUUGGCUGGGGGCAGUGUGAAGGGUCCCUGGAGCUCAAGAUGUACUGUGGCAGGAAAAAAGGUUGGGAGCCACUACAGUUUGAUAUAAAUUGUUGCCACUUAGGAGACUAUCUUCCCAAGUGCUUGAAGGAGAAAUAUAACUUUAGACAGUUGAUGGGUAUUUUGAAAAUAUUUUGCCAGUGCAUUGUUUAUGGAAGCUCCACCCUUAUUCCCUGUAAUAUAGUAAUUUUAAUUUGUUUUGUGUCAGGCCACAUUUUAUUUGUUUAGUUAAAUCUUAGAUAACUUGUUUAAAGAAGAUUUUGCAAAAUAAUUUCUCCUAUGGCCUGGACUUUGGAAUGCUAAAUUAACUGUUUGCAGCUAUCUUUUUUUUUUAAUUGUUACUGGCUUUUUACUUAAGUUUUUUAGCAUUCGAAGAAUAACUUCUGCAAUAGAAAUUAGAACAUAGAUUUGGGAUACAACAUAGGAAAAAAGCUAGAAUAAGACCUUAAUAAAGAGUACUGAUGAAGAUGAAAAAGAACCUGAAUAUGCAAACAUUUUUGAAAUGCAAUCUUAGAAAACUGGCAGUACUUAACUGUAUCUGCUGAGGCUUUAAUUGGUUAUGUACAGAAGAAAUAUUUUGGUGCUUGUAGUGAAAGCACUGCUUUCCCCCUUUAUUUAAGGUUUGUACUUUAUUGGCUAUUGCAAUAAUUUUUUCAAAUUAGAAUGGGAAAUUAUUUUGUGCUUAAAAGAACUGGUGUGGGGGAAGGUUAGCAAGAAAUCAGUUUGGUGAUAGGAGUCCAGUGACUUAUCCAAGAGUUGGUAUUAGUACUGCUAUAGAAGGACAGAGGGAUACAGUUCUUAAUCCUUUAUAAAUGCUGCAGGUCUGGUACUUGUCUGGAUAGUUGUUGUCUGUCUUGAAAUCUGAGUAUCGUACACUCCAGUAUGACUGAUUUGUGCACCUUUUCAUGUCAGAUCUGCUAUUUUGGACAUUGGAAAACUUUUUUUAUCCCAAGCUAAGAUUCUGUAAUUUGAGUUCUUAUUCUAGAUCAGUCUCAUCUUCUGUUCCUGUAUUUGCAUUAUGUUAUAAGUGAUACGCUCAGAGGUCUUAGGGUUAGGUUUGUUUACAUAACUUACCCAAUCUUCAUCGUCAUAUUUAGUUUUCAGUUCUGUGAAUUGUAAUCCUCUUUUCAGUACAAGAUAAGGAUAGGUGAAGGAUGAUGCCUAAACCAUUGUUUUAAAGUGACCUAUCUUAAAAAGUACUGCCUCUCCUUAUUUUCUUUUAGUACAGUUUUAACCCUCUUUUUGAAAGAUGUGUAACAUUGGCACAGUACUUACAAGCAGUAGUGGUUGCUUCCCUCUGAUUUUGAUGAAGGCAGGUCUUAUAUCUUCAUUGCUUAAAUAUAUUAUUGUGUUAAGUAGGUGUUAUUUCUGUUUGUGUUUUCUAGCAGAAAAAUCUGUCCUUGUACAGUACUGUAAAAGACAAAUCACCCCGUGGAUCUUUGUCCAAAAUCAGAAUGUCAAUAUUUUGCAGGCCACCUGCAGAUUAUCCAUAGAUGCCUCAUUAUAGGAAUUUGCUUUUAUUGUGUUCUAAGAGGAUUGCUGUAUUCAGCAUUUUGCUUUAGUCUUACCUCAGUCUGCCACUAUCUGAAUUGUAAGGUGACCAUUGCCCUUAAAUAAAACAUCUAGAUAUUUCAUUGUGAACCAAAGCCUCAUACAUAUGCAUU